AUGCCGCCGCCACAUGGCUUCCCUGACAUUAUCAGAAGGCCUGGCACCGCGGUGACCGCCUCGCCUGAUCUGCUGAAGCCGCCGCUGCCCACGCUCCCGACCAGCUUUUCCCAGCACGUCAAGGACACCGAGGUCCAGGUGCCGCCACUGAUUGCCGGCGCCCUCGUCGCAGCUUUCGCCAACUCGCUCGCCGAUGGCCUCGAUAAUGCCCUCCUCACACACUACUACCUCGAAGACCAAAAAGUCAAAAUCAAUCUCGACCGAGUCAUUGAUCGCCUCAUCUCCAACUUUUGCGGCCAGAUCUGGGACGAGCUCUACCGCUUCUACCACAGUGACUCGAAUGGCUCGCAUCCCACCAGCCAAGUCAUCCUCCUCUUCGAGGGCCCCAUCCGCCAAAUUAUUCUCAUCCUAAACGGCCCAGAAACCUCUCGCUGCGUCCUCGACCGCAUAGGCCCGAGCCUGUCGCAGCGCCAUGUCACCUGGUCCGCGAAUGCCGGCGGGAUUGACCUGCCCCUGGCUCUCCAGCUCGUCUGCGGAUUUUGGCAUCGCGAAUUCCCAGACGUGUCCCCGGGCGGCUGUCCCGAGCAAAUUGCCCGCACACUGCACUCACUUAUCCUCGACGGCCAAGCGUCGAAACGACUCAUCUCCGAAAUUGACCGCGUCCUCCUCUCCCCAAACUAUGUCCAAGUCCACAUGGCCGAGUCGGCUAUUUGGGACGUCAUUCGCAAACGACCCUUUCCUCCCCCUUCUGAUGGCUAUCAAUUAGUCCAAUUCAAAUUCGACUGUCAACUAUUCGGCCCCCUGGAUGGUAUUGGCGACCCGCAAUUAGUCAAUCUCGGCUCCUUGCCUGCUAUUACCGGUACCGCCAGCAGCUGCGUCUACACCACUGUCGCCGAGUACAUCGACCACCAGUGGCCCAAAUGUGGUCGUCUGCUUCUGAAAUGCCUGGAAGACGCAGUUACCAACGCAUCCGCGUCGCAUCAAUCCGGGGACCCCUGCCCGGGCAUGUCGGUUUGGGACAGCACCGACGAGGACUCUGUCUUUUGCCCUGGUCUGCGCCUGAUCCACCUGGAAGUCGAAGAAAACGCGAUUCGGGUCAGCGCCUCCGCAUGGACGCACACGCUCAUUGAGAUCUUCCAGCAAAUGUGCUGGACGUGUGCCACCCUCAGCUCAUCCCCUUUCCCCGGCGGUUCAAUAUCCGAAUGCGCCAUCGCGGUGUCAGACUGGGCGUACCAAGACGGCUCUGUCUACAUGGACUGCAGCUUAUCACAUAAACCAGUACAAGAAGGCGAAAGCAUGGCGUGGUUGGAACAAUUUCACGGCGCGGCGAUAGCAUACGGUUUCCCUCUGGCGGGAUGGUCAACACCGCAGAGUACAUGA